AUGUCUCUUUUAAAAUUACCACAGGAACUGCUCAUCCAAAUCGCGGAAUCUAUCCAAUCAACCAGCGAUAUCUAUCGUCUGACUUUAGUGAACCGCCAGCUAUACAACCUUCUCGAACCUGAAAUUUACAAACAUGAAACCCUGGAGCAGUACGGAGAGGAAUUGCUACAGUAUGCUGCAUCGUGCGACCAGCCUGGCAUCAAGAAAAUGUUAUAUUUGGGCGCGGACAUUAACUUUCGCCCUCUUUUCCCUGGUCGUCUCGGCCGCUCAAAAACAGCCCUGCACGCAGCGAUAGAUGCCGGGGACAUUGAACUGGUCAAGUUUUUGCUUGACAACGGCGCACAAGUGAAUUCUCCUGUUCAAAAUGCUUCAUACUCGUUUUGUCCUCUACAUUUGGCUAUUGAAAAGUCACGGGAUCACAACGAUACGUCUAUGAUGACCUUGCUUUUGGAUUAUGGAGCCGAUCCCAAUCUCCACGGCCCGUACGGAUUAACUCCAUUGAUUGUGGCUAUACGAACUAAACACCUUCUAAAGACCAAGUUAUUCAAGUUGAUAUCCCGAGGAGCCGACGUGAAUCUGAGAGGAUGGCGGGGGACAACCCCGCUCCAUACAUGUAUAGAGCAGCAGGCACUCGAUGCCAUGAAUUUCCUUAUUGAGAACGGCAGUGAGCUAAAUUGUGUUGACGAGAAGAACCGAUCUCCUUUAAUGCUUGCAUCUGAGAAAUAUUUUCACCCUGAGCCUAUUAUAACACGAUUGAUCGAUGCGGGAGCCGAUGUGAAUUUUACUAGUCCCGAUGGGAGAACUGCAAUUCUAGAUGCUGCGAGAUGGCACCAUUACGAAAGCUUACAGAUUCUUCUACGCCACGGUGCUGAUUUGCACUUUGUUGAUUCAAAUGGCCAGAAUGUGCUGUUCGCGGCUCUAGAUAAUGGUUACAACACCGGCGGACGUGAUGCUUUACCACAAUUUCUGGAUCUUGGAUUGGACAUUGAGUUUCGUAAUAGGAAACAACAAACACCCUUCCUUUUUUUCAUUUCUCAUUAUCGAUCUUACCGCCUCGACGGUACGGGUAACCGUGUUUUGCAUUUAUUCUUUGACCGUGGCGCAAACCUCAAUGCUCGAGACAUCGAAGGCGGAACAGUCAUACACUACGCCGCUAAGCUGAAUAUGCCAGGGCUCAUAAAUAUGCUUGUCAAGGAAAAUAUCGAAGUGAAUCAGUAUGACAAAAAUGGCGAAAGUCCAAUUUUCUGGGCCCUUAAAAAUACACGUACAACCUCCGACAUGUACGGUACCGUACAAAGGCUCCUGGAACUAGGCGCAGAUGAUCAUCACGUCAACCUCCACGGACAGACACUCCUCUGUAUAGCUGCCCAUAGGUGGUGCCUACAAUUAACGGCACUUUUACUUGAACGAGAAGGAGAUGUUCAUCAUAGAGACAACGAGGGAAGGAGUCCUUUGCACUGGUUUGCGGCAAAUGAAGACAUUCCCCGAGGAAAGGAAUCUCUUGAGAUUCUUGAAAUGCUCAUCGCGCAUGGGGCUGACGUGAGUGCUCAAACUUACGCCGGGGCAACCCCUUUGAGUAUGAUCAGGAAAAGGCAUACUACACGUCACAUAAGAAAGAUGUUGGUUGAUGCAGGGGCUACUGAAUGA